GGCUCCAGUGCCUUCAUCAGUGUGAUUGAAACUAGAAGAGACUGAGUCAAGCAGACCAGCGUUUGGGCUCUAGUGCCUUCAUCAGUGUGAUUGAAACUAGAAGAGACCGAGUCAAGCAGACCAGCGUUUGGGCUCUAGUGCCUUCAUCAGAGUUACUGAAUCUAGAAGAGACCGAGUCAAGCAGACCAGCGUUUGGGCUCUAGUGCCUUCAUCAGAGUUACUGAAACAAGAAGAGAUUGAGUCAAGCAGACCAGCGUUCGGGCUCUAGUGCCUUCAUCAGUGUUACUGAAACUAGAAAGACAGAAAGUUCUGAGCUUUGUGGAGGAUUGGUUUGCAUUGAGAUCUCCAGGAGGAGGAGGGUAAGCAUGUCGGUCUUCAGGGUUUUGCUGAUUAUCGCCAUGGCGAGGAUGGCUUUGGGCUUCCUUCCAAAUGCGGAGGACAGUAUCUCUCACACGAAGAUCACGGAGAGAGCGAUUCUGAGGAAGACCAUGGCAGUCUUGAGAGAACUCGCUGCAUCCACAGGACGGAAUUUCGACAUUGGCAGCAUUUCUGACGUUGGCAACCCCACCUCGGGUGAGCUCUUCAGGGCUUACUACGGCAGAGAAGUGUCUCCCAUCAAGUUCGAGCAGGCCAUGCAGACCAUCAAGGACGCCAACGUGGGUGUGGAUUACUACCACCCCCUGAGCGCCAAGCACCACUUUGACUCGGAGAGCUUCGUGGAGGCAAAGCGCUACCUGCUGCUGAAAAGCUCUGCAGCCAAGGAGAACAUAAUGCAGGGGAACUACGAGACCGCGCGGAGCCGUCUGGGGGAGAUGCUGCACACCUUGCAGGACUUCUACAGUCACAGCAACUGGAUUGAACUGGGCUACACAGUUCCAAACCCAGACCUGAUCGGAGCCGGUGAGGGCAUCAGGAACACAGCAGCUCCAGAUCAGGUGACAUGCAUCAACUGCAACACAGACACCUGUAAGAAUAACAUACUGAACAACAUCCUCGGAAGCAAACUGAUCACCACUGGCUAUUUCAGCCUGCUGCCCUCAAAACCAGCAGGGAAGUGCAGUCACGGAGGGCCGUUGGAUAUGACACGGAUCAGGAACGCGAUGGGGGGCAUCAACAAAGACCACUACAGGUCGGAGCACUGGUACCUUCACAAAGAGGCAGCGGACGUCGCCGUGUCUGCCACCGUGGGAGUGCUGGAGGACAUCAGGAACGCAGUCGGAGACAAAGCGUUCCUCAAGUUUCUAAAUAUCGAGAGCCCCGCAGCUCUGUGCUUCGUGAUCGAUACGACGGGGAGCAUGGCAGGUGAAAUCGAAAACGCCAAGCAAAGAGCUUUCUCCAUCAUCGACAGAAAGAGAGGCACCCCUGACGAGCCGUCCACAUACGUGCUGGUACCUUUCAACGACCCAGAUUUUGGACCAGUCUACAAAACAAGUGAUGCAAACAUUUUCAAGGCAAGCAUCAGUCUGCUGACAGCCAACGGUGGAGGGGACACACCUGAAAUGUGUUUGUCAGGAAUCCAGCUUGCUUUGAUAAACUCCCCCCCUUCCUCUGAGAUCUAUGUCUUUACUGAUGCUCCGGCGAAAGAUGACUACCUGCGGAAUAACAUUCUCGCGCUCAUCGAAAGCACAAAAUCUUCAGUCACUUUUUUGCUGACAAACAUCGUCUUUAGAAAGAAGAGAAGUGGUCAGCAGGGUCAGAGAGCGAGGUCAACGGGGAGCAGCAUUCUCUACCAAGAGCUGGCUGCGACUUCUGGAGGACAGACCAUCGAGACCACGAAGGCUUCACUGCAAAAGAUGACUGCAGUUAUAUCAGAAUCAUCUACUGCCGCACUGGUAACACUCUUUCAGGCAAAGAACACAUUUUUGAAUACUGAAAGCACGUUUUAUUUCCAUGUCGACGAGUCAGUCACCAAUGUCACAGCUUACAUCUCGGGCAACAUCAUCUCGUACACAGUAUCAAAUCCCAGCGGAGUUUCCCAGAACAGCUCGCUGCAGGACGGUCCUUUGGGCUACAUGGAGAAUCUGGGCAGUUUUUACAUCCUGCGGCUCAGUGGGGAUGUCGGGCGAUGGCAGAUCAGCAUCUCCUCCUACCAGAACUAUGACUUGAAAGUAACAGGUCAGAGCAUCGUGAGCUUCCUGUACAGCUUCGUUGAACCCUUUGAAGGACCUCACCCUGGUCUGGGUCCCAUUGAAGGAAGACCACAGACUGGUCAAAACGUUACGAUGAUGCUGAGGGUGACCGGGCUGACCAUAUAUAAUACGUUGGUUGUCAAAAACGUCUCUUUCGUGGACCCCGGCGGCUCUCUGAUUGUAAGCAGCCCUGCAAUGCCGGCCCUGUCGACUGGACUUUACUACGCCUACAUAGAGCGUUUCCCCGGGCAGCAGUUUGCCCUGGUGGUGACCGGGCAGGACAACAGUUCCAACGAGUUCCGAAGACAGUCCAACACUCGCAUAACCUCGUCUCGCAUCUCGGUGGAGGCGGCGACGAACUCCACGUUCGAGCCAGGAAAGCUAUGCACCAUCCCGUUCACCGUGACGACCAGGAGCAUCGGAGGCACGUACAGCGUCCGAGUGAGGGACGACAAGGGAUUCGUCUUGAACGCAACGUCAAGCAUCUAUCUGGAAAACAACGGCACCUCGCAAGGCAAUCUGACUUUUCAGAGUCCCGACGGAACCGAGUCUGGAACGGGCGUCACGAUAACAAUAGAAGUCGAAUCGUCCGACUUAUCUGACAUGAACUAUGCUGUCCUGCGACUGACCAUAGCCAAAGAGGUGGUGGAUUUUGACCCGCCCGUCUGCAGCCUCGUCUUCAUCAACGAAAACUGCUCCACAAACUGCGCCGGCGAGACGUGGGAGCUCUGUGCCGAGGUGAGGGACGGUGGCGUGGGGGUGCACAGAAUCUUCACCCGGCUGGACAACGGCACGCUGAACACCACCAUGGUGUGGGAGGGCGGAGCCAACAUCACCCUCGUGAACUACACCGCCUCCUGCUGCUCAACUGAGGUGAACAUCAUCGUCGUGGACAAAGCCGGGAAUGUCGGGAACUGCCCUUAUUCUGUGAGGAAGAUCCCGGGAACUUCAGCGGCCCCAGAACCGGUUACCACUGGCAGUACAACCCCCUAUCCAGACGCCUUUGGGAAAGGGCAGCCUAGUGCGGUGGUGGGCUCAGUGCUGCUGUACAGCAGCUCGCUGGCUCUGCUAGCACUGUACAUGUUUUAGUCAAAGCGUGUGUGUAGUUAACAAAACAAUUGCCUAAAUCUCGCUCAUCGUCGUGCCCUGCUAUACGUUUUUUUUUUUUUGCUCUGCCGGCUCUCACACGUGCAUCUUUAGAAAAACGCGCGUCUGCCAUCCGAACCCUUUCAGUCCUGGUUAAACCACGUCGUCAGAAAUCACGUUGGAACCUCACGGGACGCCUGGGUCCCUGUCUGAGGUCAUGUAGAAAACAUACGUUUUCUGUGUCCUGUUAUCAUGCAUGUAUGUACACUCAAUACAUUUCUUUUGAAUUCUGUAGCUUCAUUUCUGUAGCUUCAUUCUUCAGCUCGACAGAAAUCAUCCAGGACUGAAAGGGUUAAGGCAUCUGGUGUUGCACCUGGUUCUCUGUUUUCUUACCUUGUUUUCCGGUAGUCUCUCACUGUGUCACUUCCUGGGUCAGCAGCUGAAGAGCGCGUCAGUCAACCCGGGAGACAGCAGUUGAUUGGUUAACAACAGGAAAAGGAGGCGUUACUAAAGGGGGUGGGACAAUUUCACGCUCCAGUUGACCUAGGAAGCACAACGCGAAAUACAAACUUGACUGCAGAGAGAGAGAGAGAGAGAGAGAGAGAGAGAGAGAGAGAGAGAGAGAGAGAGAGAGAGAGAGAGAGAGAGAGAGAGAGAAUUGAAAGCAGUGAUUUAGGGAAUAAGGAUUUAUUUAAUGUUUCAUAAUCUCAGGGGUAUAUUGAGGGUGUAUGUAUAUAAUGUUUGAAAAAUCACAAGUUUAUUAUUUACUUUGCUUUCUACACAGCUGAAGAAUAUCUUUUCUCCAAAACAUCUUGAAAUAAUUUUUUUUGUAUCAUUAACCCUUUAUAUAUAAUUAUGAAUUGUCAGAUUACUUUAUUCCAAUAAAACAAUUGAAAUUCUUCUGA